GCAGCGGGGCGGGCGAAGGAAGGCAGGGGGGAAGGGACAGUCGGUCUCAGACCGCGCUGGGUUGCCGCCGCCGCCGCUGCCGCCAUCGUGCCAGCCCCUCGGGUGAGUGUCGGGGCCAGCACGCCGGGGCGGGGGCUGGGCCGCAGGAGCCGCUCUCCAGGCUGCCGGGAGGCUCCGCUGAGAGUCCCCGGGCGGCCCCUCCCCUCCCCCCCCCGGCGGCCCGAAGCCGCGCGGGGCCCGGGCCAUGUGUCGCGCGCGGCUCCGCCUCCCGCCGGUCCUGUGAGGCGGCGGCCGGGGGUAACGCAGAGAGAGCCAGCCGGGCGCCUAUCUGGGCCGUACCUUGCUGGUGGCUGGUGCACCGGCCUGCGCCAUGGCCGGGCCUUUUUUUCUAGACAGGACCAUCCGGAUGGGGCCUUAGGGCCCCGCCCCGUCUAGCCUGGCCUGGCCUGCGCGAGCCCCGCAAGCUCUGCAGCCUGGCUAGCGGGCAGACCCCAGCCCCACGUCCUGCUACCCACCUACGAAGGAUCCGGGGAUGGGCAGCGCCACCCGGCCCGCUCCAGAGUCAGCAUGGGUCUCCGUGAGGCCGGGUGACGCUCCAGAAUGGGAGACAAGCCAAUUUGGGAGCAGAUUGGAUCCAGCUUCAUUCAACAUUACUACCAGUUAUUUGAUAACGAUAGAACCCAACUAGGCGCAAUUUACAUUGACGCAUCAUGCCUUACGUGGGAAGGACAACAGUUCCAGGGGAAAGCUGCCAUUGUGGAGAAGUUGUCUAGCCUUCCGUUCCAGAAAAUCCAGCACAGCAUCACUGCACAGGACCAUCAGCCCACUCCAGAUAGCUGCAUCAUCAGCAUGGUUGUGGGCCAGCUUAAGGCGGAUGAAGACCCCAUCAUGGGGUUCCACCAGAUGUUCCUAUUAAAGAACAUCAACGAUGCUUGGGUUUGCACCAAUGACAUGUUCAGGCUCGCCCUGCACAACUUUGGCUGACCUCCUGUCAGCUAGGCACUCACGCUGUUUCCUCCUCCCUCCUCUUCCCAAUACUAUUCCCACUCCUCCAGAUGCUCCAAAUAUCAUGCACAAAUGAGCAGGGCCACGGUGGGAGUGGGCGCAGUGCGCUGCUGCCACCGAGGUGUUGUGCAUGAUGUUUGGACGCUAGACUAGUUGCAUCUGACGGGAGAAGUUUGUGUUGUACCAGCGCAUGCCUUGGAAAGACUUAAGUAAUGCAAAAGGUUGUCCUUUUUUUUUUUUUUUUUUUUAAUCUACUGACAAGUUGCUCUAGUAACCCAAAGAAGUGAAGGAGAAAGCAGCUGCCUCACCGCCCAGACAUUGAUUUGUUCAGAUGUUUCAAUGCCUCAUGAUACAAUAAAACCACAAAAAUUUUCUUAACA